AUGGAAAUUCAAGAAGGGAGCGGCGACUGGGCACGAGCAGAGCCCGAGAGAGUCGAAGAGGACAACACCGUGCUUACCCUCGCGGACAUCAAACGAUUGGCCGAGGCAAAGCUGGACAAUGCCACCAGAAACUACAUCGCCCAAGGAGCGGACCAGGAACACACUCUCCGGGAGAAUACCGCAGCGUUCACGAGGCUUAGGUUCCGGCCUAAGGUCUUUGUGGACGUAUCGAAGAUUGACACUGCUACGGCUUUGUUAGGCCAGAGAAUAUCUUUUCCUGUUGGCUUCUCUCCUACUGCUGCACAGAUGAUUGCCAACCGGGUGGGAGAGCUCGGUACUGCCCAAGCGGCACGGGACGCGGGCACGGUGAUGAUCGUGAGCGCCAUGAGCACCGUGUCGCUGGAAGACAUCAGAGCCAGUGCCCCGGACUGCCUGUUGUGGCAGCAUACGUAUCUCUUUAGUAACCGUUCCCUCACUAAAUCUAUAGUCAGGAGGGCGGAACAGCAGAACAUCGCUGCCAUCGUGGUAACAGUGGAUUCACAUGUCGAUGGACAGGCGGCAAGCCUCAGCAAGAACCAGCUAGUACUUCCGGAGGGCCUCAGGUGGUAUGGAGGCGAAGCUUGA